AUGAAGGUUGUAACUUGUGAGAUUGCCUGGCACAACAAGGAGCCAGUCUACAGUCUGGACUUCCAGCACGGUUCCGAUGGAUGCACUCAUCGCUUGGCCACAGCAGGCGUGGAUACAACCGUCAGGCUAUGGCGAGUGGACAUGGGCCCAGACGGAAAGGCGGUCGUGGAAUUUCUAUCUAAUCUGUCCAGACACACAAAGGGCGUCAACGUGGUGCGCUUCAGCCCCAAUGGAGAGCAUUUAGCUUCCGGAGGAGACGACGCAGCAAUUCUGCUGUGGAAGCUGAAUGACAACAAGGAGCCAGAACAACCGCCUGUGUUCCAAGAGGAAGAAGAUGCUCAGCUCAAUAAAGAGAGUUGGUCCGUCGUGAAGACGCUCAGGGGCCACAUUGAGGAUGUGUACGAUAUAUGUUGGACCCGUGAUGGGAGCUUUAUGGUGUCUGGUUCUGUAGACAACACCGCUAUCAUGUGGGACAUCAACAAAGGACAGAAACUGUGCAUCCUUAAUGACCACAAGAGCUAUGUGCAGGGUGUGACCUGGGAUCCACUAGGCCAAUACGUUGCCACUCUCAGUUGUGACAGAGUUAUGCGUGUUUAUAGCACUCACUCCAAGAAGAAAGCCUUCUGCGUCAGCAAAAUGAGCUCUGGCUCACCUGUCGACGGAGAGGUCAAGCAGCACCGCAUGUUCCACGACGACAGCAUGAGGUCUUUCUUCCGACGUCUUUCUUUCACACCGGAUGGCUCCUUUUUACUCGCUCCGGCUGGAUGUGUGGAGGUCGGGGAAACAAUAAUUAAUACAACAUACAUCUUUAGUAGGAAGGGCCUGAAGAGGCCAAUUGCCCACUUACCAUGUCCAACUAAGGCCACUCUAGCUGUGCGCUGUUGUCCCAUUUACUUUGAGCUGAGAACCAAAAAGGCAGAAGAUGGUUCCUCCCAGCCCUUUCCCAAUUUAUUCAAGCUACCAUACCGAAUGGUGUUUGCAGUGGCCUCCGAGGACUCCAUUUUCCUGUACGACACACAGCAGGCGCUCCCGUUCGGCCUGGUGUCUAACAUUCACUACCACACUCUUAGCGACUUGACAUGGUCUGGCGAUGGUUCUUUUUUGGCAGUCUCCUCCACCGAUGGCUACUGCUCUUUUCUCUCCUUCUCUCCCGGGGAGUUGGGAACACCACUAAAGGAGCCUCCCGCUCUGGAAACCUUCACUCCUAGCAGUGUCGCCGACAAAAAAGGCAAAAAGACACCGGUGGCGGGACGCACCUCGUCCCCGGUGUCCCGGGCGCCUUGCUCGGCUUCCGCUCCCACACCGUCCAAUAUGAGGACCCUGGAGGAGAAGACGACCAAGGCCAAGCCUCGAAAGAUUACCCUCAAAACCCUGGAGUCUUGGGGGAAGCCCAGUACUCCAAAAAGUCCACCUCAGUCCACAGCUCAAACGCUGACGCCAGGGAGCACCGGUGCACCGGUCACUCCUCAACCUCGCCUCACCCCGCUUUCUCCCACUACACCCAAGGUCCUCAACAGCACCAAUUUGCCUACUACCCCGAAAAGUUCGGUGACGUCAAAAGGACCCACUCCGAGGCGAGUAUGUCUGACUCCUGUUGGAUCAAAUGUGGCCAGUUUGCCUCACCGCUCUCCAGCUUCCACUGAAAAGGCUAAACAUGCACGCCCUUCUCCUCCCAGCGAUCCCCUCUGCCAGCCUCCAGAUUCCAAACGGGCCAAGACGGGCGACGACAUCACCGCCACAAAACCAUAA